GCAGGAGGAGAGACUUCAGCAUGCAAACCUUCAUCUGUUCGGCUUGCACCAUCGUUUUCAUUCCAUGCUGCUGGCCUUCAGAUGGCUGGACAGAUGUCCCAUUCACAUCAGCAGUACAGUGAUCGUCGGCAGCAGAACAUAAAUGACCAACAGGUUUCUGCCUUAUCAUAUGCUGACCAGAUUCAGCAACCUCUAACAUUAACAAACCAGGUUUUUUUCCUAAUUUGUGAUAUGGUCGUAUUACAGAGGCGGAUGCCCCAAACUUUCCGUGAUCCAGCCACUGCUCCACUGAGGAAGCUCUCUGUAGAUUUGAUCAAAACAUACAAGCAUAUUAAUGAGGUUUACUAUGCAAAAAAAAAACGGAGGCAUCAGCAGGGCCAAGGAGAUGAUUCCAGUCACAAAAAGGAGAGAAAAGUUUACAACGAUGGCUAUGACGAUGACAACUAUGACUAUAUUGUAAAAAAUGGGGAGAAGUGGAUGGAUCGUUAUGAAAUUGACUCUUUAAUAGGCAAAGGGUCCUUUGGACAGGUCGUAAAGGCUUAUGAUCGAGUGGAACAGGAGUGGGUGGCUAUCAAAAUAAUAAAAAACAAGAAGGCUUUCUUAAACCAAGCUCAGAUUGAAGUGCGACUGCUUGAGCUUAUGAACAAACAUGACACUGAGAUGAAGUACUAUAUAGUGCAUUUGAAGCGCCACUUCAUGUUCCGAAACCAUCUCUGCUUAGUCUUUGAAAUGCUGUCCUACAAUCUGUAUGAUCUGUUGCGGAACACCAACUUCAGAGGUGUCUCAUUGAACCUGACACGAAAAUUUGCACAGCAGAUGUGCACUGCACUGCUCUUUCUGGCGACUCCUGAACUUAGUAUCAUUCACUGUGACCUAAAACCAGAGAAUAUCCUGCUCUGUAACCCCAAACGAAGCGCUAUCAAGAUUGUUGAUUUUGGCAGUUCAUGUCAACUUGGACAGAGGAUAUACCAAUAUAUCCAGAGUCGUUUUUAUCGAUCACCAGAGGUGCUACUGGGAAUGCCUUAUGAUCUUGCAAUUGAUAUGUGGUCCCUUGGGUGUAUUUUAGUUGAGAUGCACACUGGAGAGCCUCUUUUUAGUGGGGCAAAUGAGGUGGAUCAAAUGAAUAAAAUAGUGGAAGUUUUGGGGAUACCACCUACCCACAUCCUUGACCAAGCACCAAAAGCAAGAAAGUUCUUUGAGAAGUUGCCAGACGGCACUUGGAACUUGAAGAAGACCAAAGAUGGGAAAAGGGAAUACAAACCACCAGGAACUCGUAAACUUCACAAUAUACUAGGAGUUGAAACAGGAGGACCAGGUGGACGUCGUGCUGGGGAAUCGGGUCAUACUGUAGCUGACUACUUGAAGUUUAAAGACCUCAUCUUAAGGAUGCUUGACUAUGACCCUAAGACACGAAUUCAACCUUAUUAUGCCCUACAGCAUAGUUUCUUUAAGAAAACAGCAGACGAAGGUACAAACACAAGUAACAGUGUGUCUACGAGUCCUGCCAUGGAGCAGUCGCAGUCUUCAGGAACCACCUCUAGUACAUCUUCAAGCUCAGGUGGAUCUUCUGGAACAAGCAACAGUGGAAGGGCACGGUCAGACCCCACACACCAGCAUCGACAUAGUGGUGGACACUUCACUGCUGCUGUUCAAGCUAUGGACUGUGAAACACACAGCCCACAGGUUCGACAGCAGUUUCCUCCUCCAAUUGGUUGGACAGCCACUGAAGCUCCUACACAGGUCACUGUUGAAAACCAUCCAGUUCAAGAAACCACCUUCCAUGUAACCCCUCAACAACAGAAUGCAUUACAUCAUCAUCAUGGAAAUAGCUCUCACCACCACCACCAUCACCACCACCACCACCACCAUCAUGGACAGCAAGCCUUGGGUAGCCGGACCAGGCCGAGAGUCUACAAUUCUCCAACAAACAGCUCCUCCACCCAGGAUUCUAUGGAGGUGGGCCACAGUCACCACUCCAUGACAUCUCUGUCUUCCUCAACUACUUCUUCCUCUACAUCUUCCUCCUCUACUGGUAACCAAGGCAAUCAGGCCUAUCAGAACCGCCCAGUGGCUGCUAAUACCUUGGACUUUGGACAAAAUGGAGCUAUGGACAUGAAUUUAACAGUCUACUCUAAUCCGCGCCAAGAAACUGGCAUAGCUGGACAUCCAACAUACCAGUUUUCUGCUAAUACAGGUCCUGCUCAUUACAUGACUGAAGGACACCUUGCAAUGAGGCAAGGAAUUGAUAGAGAAGAGUCUCCCAUGACAGGAGUUUGUGUUCAGCAAAGUCCUGUGGCUAGCUCGUGACUAAACUGAAACUAAGUUUGUUUCUUGUGUGUUUUUAUAGAAGUGGUGUUUUUCCAAAAACAAAGUGCAAAGCUGCUUGAAUCAGAAGGAGAUAAACUCACUGAACCGCUACAGGAGGGCAAAGCUGACUAUUUUUUUAAACUUGAAAAGAUUGC